AUGGGUUCACAGUUGUCGAAGAAGCAGACAAAUCUUCUAAAUUUGGAUCUGGAAUUUAUCAGGACUCCUGUCCUGAAGUGCCUCUUGAAAAACUAUCUAAGAAGUUUGGUGUCGAAGAAACGAAGGCGGAUGUUAGUUGGUGGCUAUGACCUUGAUAUGACUUAUAUAACAGAUCGGCUCUUGGCGAUGUCAUUUCCUGCAGAACGCAUGAAAGCUAUGUAUCGAAAUCCUAUUUGGGAGGUCAAGAGUGUCUUGGAAAUGAAUCAUCAUGGUCACUAUAAGGUUUAUAACUUAUGCAUAGAAGAAGCUUACGAUGCAUCCCAUUUCGGUGGAAAUGUGGAGAGAUACCCGUUUGAUGACAAUCAUGUCCCAACAUUAUCAAUGAUCAAGGAAUUUUGUGAAGAUAUCAACUCUUGGUUAUCAAGUCAUCCAAAGAAUAUUGCUGUUGUUCACUGCAUGGCUGGAAAAGGGCGAACCGGAUUAAUGGUAUGCUCAUAUCUAGUGUACUCCGGAAUGUCAGCGGAGAAGGCUUUACAAGUGUAUGCAGAGAAAAGAACCACCAACAAUGAAGGAGUUUCCAUACCAAGCCAGCGUCGCUAUGUCAAGUACUGGGGGAAAACACUUUCUUUCUCCAAAAGAAAUGAUAUCGCUCCCCCAAUCAUCAACUUGCCCAUGAAAUGUACACGAGAGCUUCAGCGCAUUCGGCUAUAUGACGCCGUCAACAUCAAUCAGAUCUUUGUCGUGGUAUCUGAGCUGCAAGAAGUUCCGGGUCAGAGGUACCGCCCUCCAGCAGAAGUUAUCAAGAGCUGUUGCAGAAGAAUAAAAAAUCACGACCAAUGCAAUAAGCCACGAUAUUACUACUCCUUUGUUGAGGGCGAAGAAGGUGAAGAGGGCAAGAAAGAAGUCUCAGAGCCCAGACUAGUAGUCCAAAUGGACACAGAAAGCUCCAUGAUCUACCAGAAAACUUGCCUAGGUUGCCAGUAUGACGAACCAGUGAGAAUACAAGGAGACGUGCGAAUAAUAUUCUACGAAAGGCUAAUUGGGGGACGACUCUUCUAUGUCUGCUUCAACACAGCAUUCAUCAACAGCAGCCUACUUCAGUUUUCGAUCCGUGACUUGGACAAAGUUGGGAAAAAGGGCAGAUCAAUCUGCGGCCCGUCCUUCUGCCUGGAGCUGUUCUUCGGUCCCUCGCAUUCUAACCAGGCUGCUGACAAUAAUAAAAUACCAGUGGAUCAUAAUCAUGGAUGA